ACAUUAACUAAGAUUUUAAUUUCCUUUAAUCUAAAAUAAAACUUAAAAACUUUAUAUAAAAACCUUUGUAAAGUUUAUAUUAAUUUUCUAAUAUUGUUGAUUUAAGAAAAAAAAAUAUAUUUUUUAAAAGGUUCAAGAAGUGGAAAUUGAAAUUUGAUUUUAUAUUUUUCUUUUAUUCCAUGCAAUUAAAAGCGUUUGGUUUGACAGAAAAGCUGAUUUAGUACAAUAAGAUAAAUGUUUCUUAAAAAAUAUUGAAAAAUUUCGAACAAAAUAAUUUCGUGUAUUAUUUUAGAUAUAACCUAAUUUAUAAUUUUCUAAUUGUGGGGUUAAAUUGUAAUUUAAAUAAAAAAUUAUUAUUAAAGUUAAGUUCCGAUUUGAUAUAGUUAUUUUCUAUUGAAAAAAAAUGGAAGCGCAAUUCAUUAAAACCGAACCUUGCGAUGAUGGAUAUUUCGAGGAAAGUAAAAUGAAACUUGAAAUCAAACAAGAUACUGAACUCUCUCAAACAGAUGGAUACUAUGAAGAACAAAAAUUUCAGCCUGAACACCAACAUUUCGAAAUAUCUUGCAUUGAUGAAAACAUUGAGGAAUAUAAGCCUAAUGAAAUUCUACCCAAUGUAAUUUUUACUAGAAAUCGGCGACUUCAGGAAUCUAAGAAAGAAAGUUUCAAUGACCACAACAUUAAGUGCGGAGAAAUUUUCUGGUCCACAAUAAACAGUUGUUAUUCUUACACGUGUACGAUGUGCCCUAAAACCACAUUUGCGACAUGUAAAGCAUUAGCAAGCCACUAUAGAUCAUCUCACCCAUGUUUCAAAAUACGAAGAGGAGAAGAAUUACUAGAGUACCAAAAAGACACAGCAUCAAAAAUAAAAAAAGAUGAAAUCCAUAAAAUUGCCUUGGAACAAUUGAGGAAUUUACCAAAAAUCAAAAGGUACACUAUCACUAAAUGUCACAAAUGUCAGAAAGAAUUUCGAAGUGAACUAAAUUUACUUGAUCAUUCGAGAGUUCACAACAGAAAAAAUCCUCUUGUUUGUAUAUAUUGUGGGAAAGUAUUUUUGAAAUUAACAGAUUUAAAAGCUCAUCAAGCGACUCACUCUGGAAAAACACCAUUUACGUGCAAAAUUUGUGGAAAAACCUUUUCAGAUUAUAAUAAAAAACAGCAUCAUGAAAAUUUACAUGUAUAAUGAUAAAGAAAAGAAACUAAUUUUCAAUAUCACCUUAAUUAUUUUUGAAAUUUAAACCUAAAAGCAUAUAUUAAAUGCAAAGCUCAAAAUUUAAAUAAGUUUUAUUUUCAUUGGUUAUUUUAAAAUAACUUUAAAAGAGUUGUAUAAAAAUGGAUUUCAUCAAAGUAUUAGAAAUAAAAAUUGUACACAAUUUUAUUUAUCAACAAUUAAAGGAGCAUUUCAAAAGCAGUGUUGAAUUACAUCGCAGCGAACACAUGAGUUACUAAAAAUUUAAACAUAUUUUAUAAGAAUAGCAAUUAUAAAUUUAAAAUAUGAGUUUACUCAAGCUUAAAUUUCCUUUUUUUUUAAAUACAUAUACAUGUAUGUAUAUUAAAAAUAUUUCUAAUUUUUUUUUUUGUAUUUAUAUCAACCGUUUUUUAAAAAUAAUUUAUAAUUACUUAGGUAUCUGACUCAGCAAGGAAUAAAAGUUAAUUGAAAAUAAUUGAAAUGCAACAUUAGAAUAGUAUGUACAGUAAAAUGUAUAUGCCUUAUAAAAUCUUCCAAUUAAAAAUUUAUAAGAUAAGAAUCCUAGAAUUUGUAUGUUGUACGUAUUAUAAGAAUAUUUUCAUACAAUAUUCAAAUAUAUUUAGACAUAAUUAAAAGCUUGGCAGAAAAAUA